AUGCCAUCCUCUUUGCCUCCUGCUGUCAUUAACAUUUUGCAGGAGUUCGCUGACGUCUUUCCACAAGACGUGCCACCGGGAUUACCACCUAUUAGAGGGAUUGAGCAUCAGAUUGAUUUAAUUCCCGGUGCAUCGCUACCAAACCGUGCACCAUACCGUACCAAUCCAGAGGAGACGAAGGAGAUUAUGCGUCAAGUACAAGAGCUACUCGACAAAGGUUAUAUACGUGAAUCUCUUAGUCCUUGUGCUGUGCCUAUUAUUCUAGUGCCGAAAAAGGAUGGUACAUCGCGUAUGUGUGUUGAUUGUAGAGGCAUUAAUAAUAUUACUAUUCGUUAUCGUCAUCCUAUUCCUAGGCUAGAUGAUAUGCUUGAUGAAUUAAGUGGCUCUAUAAUUUUCUCUAAAGUUGAUUUGCGUAGUGGAUACCAUCAAAUUCGCAUGAAAUUGGGAGAUGAAUGGAAAACGGCAUUUAAAACUAAGUUUGGAUUAUAUGAGUGGUUAGUUAUGCCUUUUGGUUUGACUAAUGCACCUAGCACUUUCAUGAGAUUAAUGAAUGAGGUUUUACUAUCUUUUCUUGGCUAUGUUGUUACUCCACAGGGAAUUGAAGUUGAUAAAGCUAAGAUUGAAGCUAUUGAGAGUUGGCCGCAACCCAAAACGGGUCAAGCAAAACUGAACCGUAGACAUGCUAAAUGGGUUGAAUUCAUUGAGACUUUCCCGUACGUCAUUAAACACAAGAAGGGUAAAGAUAAUGUUAUUGCUGAUGCUUUGUCUCGUCGUUAUACUAUGCUUUCACAACUUGACUUUAAAAUAUUUGGUUUGGAAACCAUCAAAGAUCAAUAUGUGCAUGAUGCUGAUUUCAAAGAUGUGUUGGAGAAUUGUAGAGAAGGGAGAACAUGGAACAAGUUCAUCAUUAAUAAUGGCUUUGUGUUUCGUGCUAACAAGCUAUGCAUUCCAGCUAGCUCUAUUCGUCUUUUGUUGUUACAGGAGGCGCAUGGAGGAGGAUUGAUGGGACACUUUGGCGUCAAG